AUGAAGAGGAUCCCAUAUGCAUUAGCAAUUGGAUCCAUUAUGUAUGCCAUGCUAUGUACUCGGAUUGAUGUCUCAUGUGCUUUGAGCACUUGUAGUAGAUAUCAAUCGGAUCCAAGUAAGCGUUACUGGAUGGCUGUCAAGAACAUUCUUAAGUACCUGAAGAGGACUAAAGAUACGUUCUUGGUUUAUGGAGGGGAAGAUGAGCUCACUGUAAGAGGAUACAGUGAUGCUAGUUUCCAAGCGGACAAAGAUGAUUAUCGAUCGCAAUCAGGGUUUGUAUUUUGUCUCAAUGGUGGUACAGUGAGCUGGAAGAGCUCCAAGCAAAGCACUGUAGCAGACUCUACAAUAGAGGCUGAGUAUAUAGCAUUGUCAGAUGCAGCCAAGGAGGCUUGCCAAGCCAUAGUUGACAAUGCUGCACGUUGUGCCAUGGGAGAAAAGACUACAGAGGAGACAUAUGAGUUGAACAUGCCAGCUUAUGCAAAAUUCUUCAAGGAGUUGAACACUCACAAGCGUAAGUAUGAUCGGAACGAGAAAGUGAUGAUUUCAGAGACUGAAGAGAUCAAAGAUAAAUUAGAGUUGGCUUUGAUAGCAAAAGAUGAUGAGUUGAGUGAUGAUGAGGCUAGGGAGUAUAGAGUGGAUUUGGAUAAUGAGAUUAGGGACAUGUUUGAUGAGGAAUUGAGGAUGGUGAUUGAACAUGUUAAUGUCAAGUUAGUUUCUUCCAUGGAAUCCCCACCUAAGCUUGAGUUAAAACUUUACCACCGACCCUUAAGUAUGCUUACUUAG